CGUACUGAUGAUGUCGUCUAGUCUGACGACGAAACGUCUGCAGCCAAAUCAACCAGCUCGGAGAAAACCCGCAUACCCGCAUCCACAUCCCGAGCUACAAAUUUUCUCACGGAUUUCUCGAAGAUACUCUUUUCGCGAUUUACCUGGAACUUGCAUUUCAAUUUCAUGGUAUGUAGGACGCUCGGAAAAUUCGACGCCGCAGUCGUUAAGCAACUGCUUGAAUCGUAGUUGGGGCCGAACCUGGAACCCGUUAUUCAAAAGUGGAAAUGCCAGCAGGAACGCCGUUUCACCGUGCACCAAAAUACCUAACGUAAGGCGACAAGGAAAGUCAAAGCGCUGUCACAGCUACCGUGCGAUCUAAGACCGCAAAACAUAAGAGUGUACAACGGACGUUGUCGGCGUCUACAGGGCUAUCACAUAAUGUUGUGUCAUAUCCUAAAAAAACUCCAAGCACACUUGCCACCGUCUUCUGAAACCCAGACAAAAUGUCUCAGUUCAAGCGGGCUACACAAUACAGUCUAGUUGAAGAACUGUUACUCCCUUCCAACGCAUGUAUUUAUUGCUUCACAUUAUCAUUAUGUAAAGGACGACCGAGUGACACACUGGCGCAUCUACAUUGCGUAGUCUAAUCCGUAAUCAUGGAAUGACUGCAUCAGCACAGAACAAAUAGUGGACUGUAUCAGACACUUCUUAAACUCCAAGCAGGAAUGUUUAUAUUCAUGCUACUGCAAAUCUCCUGGUGAGUUCCGAGACACGUGCGUUAUGGCCAUUCUUCCCAUUUUAUUAUUCUCACUCUCAUGGGACUUGUCAAGUAAUAAAAAUAAACCAUAAUAUAAUAUUAA